AGUCAUUUGAUUCACAGUAUGUCACAUGCUCUAUUGUCAUCACAUUCUCAACAUAUGCUGGUCUUGCCGAAAGAGGAACUUCAUACACAAGACAUGCAGACAGACUAAAAUACAGUACAUGUUUUCUGGAUUCAAGACAAAUAGAAGGAAACAAAAAGGGAGCAAUGAGCAAAAUAAACUUGAAGGAUCUCUGUACGAGCAUGACGAGUCUCUCCAGCAUGGCAGUUCUGAUUGUCCUGAUGUUACUGUGUAUCAAAGAGUGUAAUCCAAUGCCAGAUCCCCAUCAGAGGGAACUGAUGCUGAAGCAGGACAUGGCCCAGCAGGUAGGGGGCAGAGUGGAGCUCACUGCUGCCGAACUGCAACUGGAUUCACUCCUACACCGGCUGAAGCUGAAAGAAAUGGCUGCUUCACCUUUCCCACCAGCCCAUCACUUCUUCAAAGUGCGGCACAUUGUGCAAAAAAGCCCUGUCUUCAAACUGCUACAGAAAAUGCCAAAGGGUGCUGCUCUUCACAUCCACAGCUCUGCUAUGGUGAGUGUGGAUUGGCUGGUGCUCAAUGUAACGUACAGGCCUCAUUGUUACAUCUGCUUUACGUGGGACGGUUCAGUGCAGUUCCUUUUCUCUACCAGUAUGCCCUUUUUGCGAUGGGGAUGCUCUUUUUGGAAACGACUGGAUGUGCUGAGGGCAAGUAUGAGUGAUGUCACUGCCUUUGAUAAAAGUUUAAUGCGAAAUCUUACACUUUUCACGGAAGACCCGGAGAAGUCUUAUCCAACACAAGAUGCAGCAUGGGACAGGUUUGAGAAGAUUUUUUUAGCUCUAUCUGGGCUGAUCACAUAUGCACCAGUCUUUAAGGACUACAUCUACCAGGGUCUGAAGGAGCUUUACGAAGACAAUAUCAUGUACCUGGAGCUGAGGGUCGGACAGUCCAAGGUUUAUGAACUUGAUGGCACUAUCCAUGACACAGCGUGGUCUCUGGAGGUCUACAGAAACAUUACAGAGCAGUUCAGAGCAAAUCAUCCAGAUUUCAUAGGAUCUCGUUUAAUCUUCUCUGUUCACAGGUCUCUUAGUGUGUCUCAAGUGAAGCAGGCAGUACAAGAGGCCAUUAAAAUGCAGAGAAAAUAUCCAGACAUUGUUGCUGGAUUUGACCUGGUAGGCCGUGAAGACACUGGAAGAUCUAUCUGGUACUUUCGAGAUGCCUUAUCAUUCCCUUCAGAACUAAAGACGCAACUUCCUUUCUUUUUCCAUGCUGGAGAGACAGAUUUGGAUGGUACAGAUGUGGACAGGAAUGUGUUGGAUGCUCUGCUGUUUAACACCAGCCGCAUUGGACAUGGUUUUGCACUGGUUCAUCAUCCCCUGGCCAAGCAGCUGUCCAGGAUGAGAGGGGUGGCGGUGGAGUUGUGUCCCAUUUCCAACCAGGUGCUAAGACUGGUCUCGGAUUUGCGUAAUCACCCCGCCGCGGUACUAAUGUCAGACGGUCAUCCCAUAGUGGUGAGCUCUGAUGAUCCCACCUUAUUCGGGACCACAGGACUUUCCUAUGAUUUCUACCAGGUCUUUGUGGGUAUUGGUGGGUUGAGCGCAAACCUGGGGACUCUAAAGGAGCUUGCGAUGAAUUCAAUCAGGUACAGUUCUUUGUCACUACAACUACAGGAUAAAGCUAUGACAGUAUGGAAGGAAAAGUGGAACAAAUUUGUUGCAGAGAAUUCAUAACCAUGACAAACAGAAGUGGACUGUAUUUUUUAUUACAGUAUCUAUAUCAUAAAUGAAUUGAGUUGCCUACAUUUUUUACGUCCUUUUACUAUCAGAUCAACAGACAAAUGUCACCAAGAAACAAGUAGUAGUUAACAUUAACUUACAUGUUAGAUACAGUAUUACACAACACACACUCAUUUUCCUGGCUUUGAAGGGUCAUUUUGAUUGCACCACUUCUGUAGAAAUGUUAGGUUCACGCACCACAGAGCCCAGUCAAAACCAUGAGGCGAGACAAAAUACUUUGUCACCUGCAAGUCAUAGUAACUGACAAAGGGUUCAGUGUACGGUCAGGCUGGAAUUGUGCAAGCAGGGACUCCACCCUAAAAGAGAGAGAGAGAGUACUUGAGAAACGGUUAAGAUUUUAUACACUCUCAUACCUAUAAUACUUUUUUGUUUGUUUGUUUAAUAAAUAUUAUUGCCAAAUAGUGAAGUCAACUGAGCAAUUUUACACCAUUUGAU